AAGUCAUAAACCCUAAAACCUACAAAAUUCUCCGCGUCACCGCUCACGCCUUCUUCUCCGAUCGGCGACGAUGAGGCCUUUAGACGAGCAAGAGACCACCGUCGUGUUCGAAAAGCUUCACAAAUUCACAGGUAACAACCUCAAGAACAUCGUCGAGAAUCCCUCUCACGAGGGCACCGAACCAAAUCCCGGCCGCUACUGCUUUCGCCUCCACAAGAACAAGGUCUAUUACGUCAGUGACUCCCUCGUCAAGCGAGCUACCAACGUAGCCCGCUCCAACCUCGUCUCUCUCGGAACCUGCAUCGGAAAGUUCACUCAUGGCGGCAGUUUUCAUCUCACUGUCCAGUCAUUAGGGCUAUUGUCCCCCAAUGCCAAGCACAAGGUUUGGCUUAAACCAACCUCCGAGAUGUCCUUUCUGUAUGGAAACCAUGUUUUAAAAGGCGGCUUAGGACGGAUUACUGAAAAUAUUGUUCCCGGUGAUGGGGUCGUCGUGUAUUCUAUGUCGGAUGUGCCUUUGGGAUUUGGAAUUGCGGCAAAAUCCACGCAGGAUUGUAGGAAAUUGGACCCAAAUGGGAUUGUGGUUCUACACCAAUCGGAUAUUGGAGAGUAUUUGAGGAUGGAGGACGAGCUUUAAAGAAUCAAGGAUGAAGCUGAAUUGAGUUUAUUGGGAAUCGGCUUCCUGUUCCAGUAUUGAAUAAUUAUCUCUGAUGGGCUGUUGUUAAUCUACUUUGACAAGCACUGGAAAUUUGGUUUAGUUGUGUGUGCUUAUUUUUGUAGCAAGAUAUCGUCUUCCCAUUUUUUGUAUCAGUUAUUUCUAUUUGCACGUAAGGCCAAUACGUACAUUUAUUUGAUCAUCAAUACUUUUGGCGAAUUGAGCUACAAGGGUCUUCACUAGAAAUGAGUUUCCUUUGUUAGGCUUUAAGCUAGGCUCCUUUAUGCGAUGGCGGUUUCUAAGGAUUUGUGUAAUAUCUUAGAUGAUUAGUUUUCUUCUUCUUCUUCUUCUGUCUAUGGUUUAAGUUUCUGUUUGGGGUUCAUUUGGUAACUCUGUUUGUAUUAUCUAAUUAUUCUCAUUGAGAAGUGCGGUUUUUCAUAAAA